AGAAAAGUGUUAAAAACACAGCCCUGCGACCGCUGGGGUCCUGGCAGGAGGGGAGGAGGAGGCAGUCCGAACCCCGGAGCAGAGAUCCGUGAAUUGGACGGGAGCUCCAUAACGCAGCCACCAGGUUCCCUCAAGUCUCUCCGAUAUGAGAGAAAUGAAGGAUGUUCAAUAUACAAGCAAGUCACUUCUGAAUGACUUCAUCUAUAUUCCAGGAAAGGAAUAAAUUCAGGAGGAAGGUAGUGAAACGAAAUGUCGGAUAAUUAUUUUUUUAGGAUGUAACACCUUGAAGGCCUCUGGGAGUGAUUGUGCCAUUUCAUCCAUGCUGCAAAUCUCUGGAGGUGAAAUCAAACUACAUCACAUCAAUGUACUGCCCUUAAUGCCUCAAGUUUAAAAGCAGCACAACAAAGAAAAGGCAGCAUACAUAACAGUUAAUUUGCCCGAGUCCUUCACGAACAAGGCAAUAUUAGAACAACUUCCUGCUCUGCCACUGAGAUGCAAGGAGUCCUUCUGGUGUCUGUACUGCAAUGAAGGUGAACAUGAUUUCCUGCAGCUGGUGUCAGCCUCAGAGAAGCCACGUGAUGCUGCCAUGCUCCAUAUUAGUUGAGAUGGUGAUCAUGGCAGGGACCGUGAUGCUGGCUUAUUACUUCGAGUACACGGACACCUUCACCGUCAACGUGCAAGGCUUCUUCUGCUACGAGGGCGCGUACCGCAAGCCCUACCCGGGCCCGGAGGACCGCAGCGCCGUGCCGCCGGUGCUCCUCUACUCGCUGACCGCAGGCGUGCCCGUGCUGGUGAUUAUCGUUGGAGAAACUGCAGUCUUUUGUCUACAGUUAGCUACAAAGGAUUUUGAAAACCAAGAAAAAACAAUAUUAACUGGAGACUGUUGUUACAUAAAUCCACUGGUGCGCAGGACCAUCCGAUUCCUUGGAAUUUAUGCAUUUGGACUGUUUGCUACGGACAUCUUUGUAAAUGCUGGACAAGUAGUAACAGGGAAUCUUGCCCCCCAUUUUCUUGCACUUUGUAAACCCAACUACACAGCACUUGGAUGUAAACAGUACACCCAAUUCAUCAGUAGCGUACAUGCCUGUACUGGAAAUCCAGACCUUAUCAUGAAAGCCAGAAAGACUUUCCCAUCCAAAGAAGCAGCACUAAGCAUAUAUGCAGCUAUGUAUCUGGCUAUGUAUAUCACCAACACAGUGAAAGCCAGAGGAACAAGGCUUGCAAAACCUGUUUUGUGUUUGGGUUUAAUGUGCUUGGCCUUCCUUACUGGAAUCAACAGAGUAGCAGAGUAUCGAAAUCACUGGUCAGAUGUAAUAGCAGGAUUUGUAAUUGGAAUAUCUAUAGCAGUAUUUUUGGUUGUUUGUGUGGUAAAUAACUUCAGAGGACGUCAGCCAGACCAUGAACAUUCUCAUCUGGAUAAUCUGACCCAGAUGCCCAUGAUCAGCAUACCCAGAGUAGAAAGUCCUUUAGAAAAGAACCACAUCACGGCCUUUGCAGAAGUCACAUGAUGUUGACGCUGAUGUAUAUUCACUCCACUGGACUUCAUCUCUUUUCACAACCCACACAUGAUAUUUGCAGUGUAUCAAAAAAUAAGAAAUUUUUAGAAGUCCUAUUUCUGACUUGAUUUUUACAUCACUAAAAUGAUAAACAUUUUGAAGAAUUCUUAAAUAUUAGAACGUCACUUUACUUUCUAGCGAAAAUAUUAACUGUUUACUUUUAUGAUGGAAUGGGACAAACUGAGCACUAAUUAUCUGACAUUACCCUCUAUUUUGGCUUCUCAUUGUUUUCAAUGGUUUAUGUACCUAUUCCAACAGUACUUUGUAUUUUGAUUUAACUUUGAUUUUUAUAAUCUACAUUUUUAAUUCAGCAUGAACUUGUUUCCAUUUGAGGCAAUUUCAGUGUAUAAAAACUAGACAAAUAUUAUGUUCUGUAUGAAAAUGCUGUUUGCACAUUGUAUUACGCUGUAUUCCAUGUAAGAUAUCAUUCAAAACAGUAUGUUAUAUGUAAGACUGGUGCUUCUGCUUUUGAAGAGAAAAAAAUGCCAAUUUUUACUGUAAUAAGUAUUGUAUCAUAAUUAAAAGUUUAUUUAUUUGGAUAUUUUCCUGACAUAAUUGUAGUUGAAUUGUUGUUUUGUAGUUCUUGAAUGUCUUGGAUGACAUAUAUGUAUCUAGGUUAAAAGAAGUGAGAAUAAUUUAGAGAGUUUGAUCUUUGAUAUAUUCUUUAUUACUAAUGAUAUCCCAUGAAAGGUUAAGGGCUCUGUUCUUAGCUUAGCAUAUCUGAUGGGAAGCCGUGCUAUUCAUAAAUCAUUUAAACAAAUUACUCAAGGCAGCCUGCAUCUUCUCGUGAUUGUUAUACUCCGUGAUACUAUGCUGGGAGAAUGAGUGCUAAGAUAAGAAGAGGGUCACCAGCUUAGUGAGGAAAGUUCAAUUGAGUUUCUACUCUCCAUUUUCAUGGAAGACUCAUGGAAAAACCAAAAUGGCUCGCUAAAUUUUUUUUCAGCCUAAGUGACCAGGACAGGCAGACUUUCUCUCUACAAAGCUUUUUAUCUUUGUGUUUGAGGCUCAUAUUCUUUAAAAAAAAAGGAAAAACAAAAUCCUCUGCCAGCCAGCAUGGUGUUGACAAAUUGAUUUUUCUUCAACAUCUGCCAAUGUUACCAUAUCUCUGUCAUUGCUGUGAAUAUUCAGAUUAAGCCCACCCCCUCCCCGCUUUGGAAGAGUCUUGCUGACUAUUCAUAGUGAAGUUGUCCUAUAAAAAUUGAGCACCAAAUGGAUCUGAAUAUUGUAAAUACUGAAGACGUUCUUAACAUGUGCCAGACAGUGUCCCUGUGGCAAGAGCUGAUAAAAUGCUAUCACUAUGGAAAUACUGAGAAUACAAUUGGUCAUUGCAGGCUGUUGAGCAUUUUAGGCCUUAAAUUUUCCAGAGUUCAGUGUAUUUCCUGUACAUUAAUCAUUGUUAGAGUAUGUUUGAAACACAAGGAUGUAGAAUUAGGUCUGUUUUUUCUAUGAUGAAUUUUAAUGCAUUCUCACAUAGUCAUCAGGUACUGCCUUCUUUUACUUUAUGUUUUAACCUCUCCUUUCACUAAAAUACAACUACCUAAAGAGUGCUUGGCAAACAGGGCAAGGCCAAGUUGUCUCUGAGUGCAAUAGAGCAUAUGCCACGAAGUCAUUGUGCUAAGCUGAGAAUUAAGAGAUUGAAGAAAUAUAUAUGUGGGGAGAAAAGACCUAGAAUAGAGUCCUUAGCUACAGCUAGGUUUUUUAGGUGAUUGCAAAUCCACCUUUAUUAGACUAUCAACUGUGUUUACAAAAUUGUAGUAGAUCCAAAGUUUGUAUCACCGUGUUAAACUCACCCUGCUCUUAGUCUAGCUAGUUAGGUUCCAAGGUACUAAUGAUUUCUCUGUGUGCAGAUUUAAAUGAAAUGUUCACUCAUUUUUGCAUGGUAGCAAAUCUGCAUUUUUUAUAUCUGAUUUAUAAGAUUACCAAGAGAUUCUUUUAUGUUAAAAGAGAUGACUCUUUUUCAGUGUACUGUAUAUCAUCAGCUUGUAACUGGUCUUUCUCAGGAUCUUUCCCAGUCAAAUAUUUGGGUUAAAAUUAUCAUACUAUCUCUGUGAACCAGCAGUGAGAAAACAAAAAGAGAGACACUCUGCUGUAUAAUGUAUUUUUAAAUAAAAUAAUUUUUCAUUCA